GAAGUGGCGGACGAAACCCGGAACUGGUUGGUUGCAUCAGAUGCCAGGAGGCGGAGCCAGGGAGAGAAAACUCAUGUGUCUGUGCCGCCGCUGCUGACUUGAGCUGACGUCUCUCUCUGUUCCAUUCAAAGAGAUGGCCACUCUCUACGUGUCCCCUCACCCCGAUGACUUCAGGAGCCUUCUGGCUCUCAUAGCCGCAGAGUUCAGUGGGGCCUCUCGCCCGCAGACCGUCACAGAGGACCCUCCAGUGUCCCUGAACGCCCGCUCCAGACCGACCCUGGUGCUGGGAGCCGGGGAAGGGGACUCUGUCCUGAGCGGGGACAGCGCCGUGGCCUGGUACCUCGCCGAUCAGGGCAAGAAGGCCGGUGUAGAUGCGAAACAGCAGAGCCAGGUGUGGCAGUGGCUGAGCUUUGCAGACAACGAGCUGACCCCUGUGUCCUGCGCCGUGGUCUUCCCACUGAUGGGGGUGGUGGGAGUGGAUAAGAAGCUCCAGCAGAGCUCUCGUGCAGAGUUGCUGCGCGUUCUAAAGGUUCUCAAUCAGGCACUGGAACCAAGAACCUUCCUGGUGGGAGAGAGCAUCACCCUGGCUGAUAUGGCUGUAGCCACAGCUGUUCUUCUACCAUUCAAAUAUGCACUGGAGCCAUCAGACAGGAACGCCCUGACCAAUGUUACCAGGUGGUUCACAACCUGCAUUAACCAGCCACAGUUUCUGAAGGUGCUGGGGAAGGUCACUCUGUGUGAGAAAAUGGGGCCAGUUACGCUGAAGACAGAUGCUCCUACAGAUCCUAAAGCUGCUAAUGUCUGUCCUGCUGCUGACUCUGCAGGCGCUGCAGCAAAUGGUCCUCCAAAGACAGAAGCCCAGCUAAAGAAGGAAGCAAAGAAGAGAGAAAAGAUGGAAAAGUUCCAACAGAAGAAGGAAACGGAGGCAAAGAAAAAGACACAGCCAGCAACAGAGAAAAAAGCCAAACCUGAGAAGAAGGAGUUGGGAGUGAUCACCUACAACGUCCCAACUCCUCCCGGGGAGAAAAAAGAUGUCGUCAGUCCUCUCCCUGACGCCUACAGUCCUCUGUAUGUGGAGGCUGCCUGGUAUUCAUGGUGGGAGAAGCAGGGAUUCUUUAAGCCUGAGUAUGGGAGGAAGAGCAUUAGUGAGCAGAACCCCCGUGGUGUCUUCAUGAUGUGCAUCCCUCCACCAAAUGUGACUGGAUCACUCCACCUGGGUCACGCCCUCACCAAUGCCAUUCAGGACAGUCUGACCAGAUGGCACAGGAUGCGAGGCGAGACCACCCUUUGGAACCCGGGCUGUGACCACGCCGGCAUUGCCACCCAGGUGGUGGUGGAAAAGAAGCUGAUGAGAGAGAGGGGUAUGAGCCGUCAUGACCUGGGCAGGGAAAACUUCAUCCAGGAAGUCUGGAAGUGGAAGAAUGAGAAGGGAGAUCGUAUCUACCACCAGCUGAAGAAACUUGGCUCCACGUUGGACUGGGACAGAGCCUGCUUCACCAUGGACGAAAAACUUUCCUAUGGCGUCCAAGAGGCCUUUAUCCGCAUGCAUGAAGAGGGAGUGAUCUACAGGAGCAAGAGGCUGGUCAACUGGUCCUGCACACUAAACUCUGCCAUCUCUGACAUAGAGGUGGAUAAGAAGGAGCUCACUGGCAGGACUCUGUUGCCUGUGCCUGGUUACAAAGAGAAAGUGGAGUUUGGGGUCUUGGUGUCUUUUGCCUACAAGGUCGAGGGCUCAGAUGAGGAGGUAAUUGUGGCCACGACUCGUAUUGAGACAAUGCUUGGAGACACCGCUGUAGCUGUCCACCCCACCGACCCUAGAUAUCAGCAUCUGAAGGGCAAAACGGUGCUGCAUCCCUUCUGUGACCGCAAGAUGCCCAUUGUCUUUGAUGACUUUGUGGACAUGAGCUUUGGAACAGGCGCUGUCAAAAUCACCCCGGCUCAUGACCAUAAUGACUACGAGGUUGGAGAGAGACACAAUCUGCCCUUCAUCAACAUCUUGGAUGAGAAUGGCCUGCUCAUUAAUGUGCCUCCUCCCUACCUGGGCAUGAAGCGUUUUGAGGCCAGGAAGGCGGUGCUGCAGGAUCUCAAAGACAGAGGCCAGUUUAAAGAGACCAAGGACAACCCUAUGGUUGUUCCAGUCUGCAGUCGUUCCAAGGACAUUGUGGAGCCGCUGCUGAAGCCACAGUGGUACGUGAACUGCUCCGACAUGGGGAAGCAGGCGGCCGACGCCACCCGAGAGGGGCGACUCAAAAUCAUCCCCGAUCACCACCUGAAGACGUGGUACAACUGGCUGGACAACAUCAGGGACUGGUGUAUUUCUCGGCAGCUGUGGUGGGGUCACCGUAUCCCUGCGUACUUCAUCACUGUCAACGAUCCCUCUGUGAAACCAGGAGAGGACAUGGACGGUCAUUACUGGGUGAGUGGCAGAUCAGAGGAGGAGGCCAGACAGAAGGCAGCGAAACGCUUCUGUGUGUCUGUUGACAAAAUCACUCUCAGACAGGAUGAGGACGUUCUGGACACUUGGUUCUCAUCUGGCAUUUUCCCCUUCUCUAUCUUCGGAUGGCCUAAUGAGACCCAGGACCUGAACAUGUUCUACCCUGGCACUUUGCUGGAGACAGGCCAUGACAUCUUGUUCUUCUGGGUUGCUCGUAUGGUGAUGAUGGGCCUCAAACUGACCGGCAAGCUGCCCUUCAAAGAGGUUUAUCUGCAUGCAGUGGUGAGAGAUGCCCACGGAAGGAAGAUGAGCAAAUCACUUGGCAACGUCAUUGACCCACUAGAUGUCAUUACAGGGAUCACUCUAGAGGGUCUUCAUGCCCAGUUGACGGACAGCAACUUGGAUCCUUUGGAGGCGGAGAAGGCAAAGCAGGGCCAGAAGUCAGACUACCCAAAUGGCAUCCCAGAGUGUGGCACAGAUGCUCUCCGUUUUGCCUUGUGUGCCUAUACUAGCCAAGGCAGGGAUAUCAACCUGGAUGUCAACCGCAUCCUGGGUUACCGUCACUUCUGCAACAAGCUGUGGAACGCUGUGAAGUUCUCCAUGAAGAGUCUGGGAGACAACUUUGUACCGUCAGAGAAAGCUCAGUUGUGCAGCGAGGAGUGUGUGUCAGACAGGUGGAUUCUGUCCAGACUGAGUGCUGCUGUUGGCUUGUGUGACGCUGGCUUCAAAGCCUACGACUUCCCCGCUAUCACCACUGCCAUCUACAACUUCUGGCUGUACGAGCUGUGCGACAUUUACCUGGAAAGCCUGAAACCAGUGUUCAGUAAAGCAGAGGAAGACGGUGCCAGCCAGAGACAGGCCCUGGUCUCCAGACAGAGCCUUUACACAUGUCUAGAGGUCGGUCUGCGCCUCCUGUCUCCCCUGAUGCCCUUUGUCACCGAGGAGCUCUACCAGAGGCUACCACGAAGACGACCUCUGAGCGACCCCCCCAGCAUCAGUGUCACGUCCUACCCCAACACAGAGGAAUUCUGCUGGCAAAGUGACGAGGUCGACCGCGACAUGGAGUUUGUAAUGAGCGUGGUCAAGACGAUCCGGUCACUCAGAUCCGACUACAACCUGAACAAGACCCGAGCUGACUGCUAUCUCCAGUGCAUUGACCCUGCAACCGUGUCCCUGGUGCAGAAGUACUGUCUGCAGAUUCAGACCUUGUCGUAUUCUCAGGCCAUCAUCACCCUGCCGACAAACAAGCCCGUUCCAGAAGGCUGUGCUGUGGCCAUCGCCUCUGACAGAUGUACUGUCAACCUUAUGCUCAAGGGUCUCAUCGAUGUGGAAAAGGAAGUAGCUAAGCUGAUGACAAAGAGAGGUGACUUGGAGAAGCAGAUGGAGAAACUGAGAGAGAGGAUGGUGAAGAAUGACUACAAGGAGAAGGUGCCAGUGAAGGUGCAGGAGCAGGAGGCUGAGAAGCUACGGCAGAGCCAAACUGAACUCGACAAAGUGAAAGAGGCUGUGGAGAACUUCAAGAAAAUGAUGCAACUCUCCGCCUGAGCAUGAUUAAAUCUGGAUUUAUCUCCACCUUUCAAGUAAUUUUCAUAUAAAAUUUUAAGUUGAUCAUGGUAUGAAGGGAAUUCAAUAAAGCUCUUAAAACAGA